AAUCUGCAUCCCGGCUGUAUUAUACUGCCGAUGUUUCACUAGCAUGUUUACCACGCAGGUAUAUGAAUGGUCUCAGGACCACCCAGAAUAAUUCUUGGGAAUCAUCAUCUAUCUCUUUUGUUGAUUGUAUCUGGAUCGACAAACAUACCUCCUUUUCUUAAAAAGAAAUAGACAAACAUCAAGAUCAUGACUGUUAUCGCUGUCGCUGGAGGCGCCGGCAAGCUCGGCCGUGCGAUUGUUGAAGCGCUCGUUGAACAGGGUCAGCAUACCGUGGUGGCCCUGGCUCGAGAGGCCAAAGAUGUACAAGGAGCCCAGGUUAUCGCCGUGGACUACACCGACGUCGAUAAGCUUGCUGCCACGCUUGAGACCAACAGCAUUGAGACUGUCAUAUCCACCAUCAACUCUUUGGACGACAUCUCGGCCGAGCUGAGCUUGAUCAAGGCAGCUGAGAAAUCGGCAUCUACUAAACGAUACAUCCCUAGUAUUUGGGGCAUCAAGUACACUGAAGAGAUUGCAUCGUAUUUCUCCAUCGCUCGGGCCAAGCUCAACAUCAUUGCUGCAUUGGAAGCAACCUCGACCCUCGAGUACUCUGCCGUGUACAACGGCUACUUUGCUGACUACUGGGUACUCCCGAAAGUUAAGUCCUACCAAAGCCCUCUCGCUCUGGUAGUCGAUAUUGCGAACAAUUUUGCCGCCAUUCCUGGAUCUGGCAACGAGCUCGUGGCCUUUACCCACACCUUUGACGUCGCGCGCUUUGUGGCGGCACUCGUUGGUGCUCCUAAGUGGGACAAGGAGUCCUAUAUCAUUGGGGACAAGGUGUCGUGGAAUCAAUUCGUGCAGUACGCCGAGGAGGCCAAGGGCGUCAAGUUCACCGUCAAGCACGACUCGGUCGAGGACCUCAAGCAGGGUAGAAUCACGGAGCUGCCCUCACACCCGCAUAUGUAUCCCUUUUUCCCCAAGCCGAUGUUGCAGGGCUUUUUUGCUGCUUUUGGCCGCAUGUUCACUGAAGGUGCAUUUGAUCUCAAGCCUGACCGUACGCUCAACCAGGUGUUCCCUGAGGUACAGGCCCGAAAGAUCAAGGACCUUCUCUUUGAGGCCUGGGGACAGUAAUUUUAGCAUCAAUUGAGCCCAGGUUGAGCAUAUCAACAGGUAGAAUUCUGUGGAGAAACAAACAUUCUUGUCGGUGAUUACAAAGAGCAGUGAUUUGCGAUGAUCGGAUGUAAUUUAAUUCCGAC